AUGACACCAAAUCUAGCUUCAUCGUCGUCCUCUCGACGGUCUGCCAAGCGACGCAAAGUGACCCGCGCUUGUGAUGCUUGUAAAAGCAAAAAGAAAGCUUGUACGGGCACAAUCCCUUGCAGACCAUGCGUGCGAGCCCAGUCUCAAUGCAAGUACAAUGCUUCAUACAGUCGCGGUGCCGUGGUGACUCCUCAAGCCUCUGAUGAUGCUUGUCUUCAUCAUGUUGACGCUUCUUCCCCCGUUGAGACGGCAUCCGCGGGAGGAGGAUCCGUUGCGGAAACUUCUUACGAGUCGCAAGAUCCUGAUCUAGUCUUGGAUGUCGCUGGUCAGUAUUGUGGUCCUGCUUCUGCACACUCUUUUCUGGGUCGUGCGGUGCAGAACUUCUCUCAUACUUCCCGGCCGUCGAUAUCAACAGCACCCCCGGACUUGGAAAUAUCAUCAUCACCCGCUGUCCCCAUCUUCUCAUAUGGUGAUCGCAAAGUUCCGGAAGUGGAUCGUACUCGCUUCCACUGGCCAGAUGUGAGGGUUGCACGGGAACUGGUCCGACGAUACUUUGACUUCGCAGCCCCGACCUAUCGCAUCUUGCACCAAGGCACGGUUGAUAAAUGGGUUGAUGAUAUCUACCACCCCCAAUCACUUUCCAAUCCCUUGUCUGCAGCGACCCAGGCAACAUUACUCAUGGUCUUUGCGACCUCGUUGAUGUUCCGCGGCGAUCCAGAACGAAUUCGUGAUGCCGGCGAUGAUGGAUGGCUUCAUAGCGAAUUGUACUAUGCCAUGGCCGAGUCUAGCUUGGCCCAUGAGGUGGGAAUGCCAACACUUGGGUCCGUUCAGGCCCGCUUCCUGAUGGUUCUAUACUUGCUGUGCUCUUCGCGUGCCAACCAGUCAUGGUUCACUUUUGGUACAGUGGUGCAGCUCCUCGUGUGUCUGGGACUGCAUCGCUAUCGGCCAUUGAACGCAUCGGCCUCGAUAGAAGAGCGCGUUACUCGAGAGUGUGAGAAGCGCGUGAUUUGGUGCGCCUAUACGUUGGACAAAUAUCUGAGUCUUAUCCUAGGACGGCCUCGAUUUCUGCAGGAAGAGGAUAUUGACCAAGAACUCCCCGCUGCUGUGGAUGAUGACGAUUUGGGACAAGAGCAGCCCGACGAAAGCAGUACACAUAAGGAUUGUAUUAUGAAUGCACCCAUACUCCAUGCUUUGCUGGCUCGAAUCCUGUCACGUGCGGCCAAGGAACAAUAUGCCGUCAGAUCCAUCUCAGAUGUACAGCAGAUGCAGUCCAUCGAGUCGCUGAGCGAAGCCAUUGAGGCGUGGCAUACACAAUUGCCCCCGAUCCUUUCCGGUGCCAUUAAACCAAGUAGCUUGAUCCCUCUGUUCCGUCGUCAACUCACUGUGUUGCAGUUGGCACGUUUCCACGCCGUUAUGUUCGUGACGAGACCGCUGCUACUACGUAAUUAUGCCACCAAUCUCCCUGGCUACGAAAGUUCCUAUCGACAUUAUCUCACCACUUGCGUUGCGGCGGCCCGCGACACGAUAUCGCUCAUUCUAAGCUUUGCCAAGGAAGAACAGCUUUUCCCGGCAUUUUGGUAUUCGCAGUACAUUGCCUUCAAUGCCUUGUCGGCGAUAUACAUCUAUUUGAUUCAAAUGAAACGGGGUCGCAUUCCACCCUGUGCAACUCAGGACUUGCAUGAAAAUGUGCUGUAUGAGCUGGCAGAGACCACCCAACACCAUUUGGCACAGGUCACCGUUCGCAAUGCUCCGUCCUGGCGAUACAGUGCCAUUCUGCAGGGUCUUCGAGGAGAAGUCAACCGCGUUCUAUACCAGGAUGGAUCCCAGGACAGAACUAGCGGAAGCACUCGACCAAGAUAUGCGAAAACAAACCGAACGACCACACGCACCCCUCCAAUAGAUCCCAUGUUCAGUCCCCAGCCAUCGAGUGCAGCUGUCUAUGAAGAGCAUCCGAUGAACGAAGAAAUGACAGCCCCAGGAUACAAUAUACUCGACCCACGCGCGGAAAGUCUCUUUGGGAGCUUUGCGAUGGAUGGUGAUCCAUCGUUGAAUUUCUGGCCGCGGCUGGACUGCUUGCCUAUAAGUGCGUUUUCCCAGGCUUGUUAG